AUGCAGGUCGGAGAUGGCAAAUCCGCGUACAAGAUCCGUGCAGCGUCGCUUGCUGCGGGUUUCCCUGCUACCACUACGGCGAGUUCCCUGGAUCGCUUUUGCGCGAGUGGCUUAAAAGCAGUUCAGGAUGUCGCCAACCAGAUCAUGGCCGGUGAUAUCGAGAUCGGCCUCGUAGUGGGCGGGGAAAGCAUGACCAACAGUCCUCCUCCCCCGGACCCUUUGCCUGAAGAGAUCAUGGCAAACAAAGACGCAGCAGAUUGCGCUCAGCCCAUGAUUCAAACUUCAGAGAACGUCAGCACAGAAUUCAACAUCUCCAGACAUCACCAAGACCAGUACGCUGCGGAGUCGUUCCGAAGAGCAGAGGUCGCCCAGAAGGCCGGUUGGUUCGACGACGAGAUUGUUCCGAUUGACGCGACAGUCUUAGACUCGGCAGGCCACCGCACUACUAUUGUAAUAACACGAGACGAAGGGCCUAGGUACAACACCACAGUCGAGAGCUUGUCGAAGCUCAAGCCCGCAAUGCCCCAAUUCGGCACGCAUACCACGGCUGGAAAUGCCAGCCAAACUACAGAUGGCGUCGAAGCCGCCGCAAUUCUCCUGAUGAAACGUUCAAAAGCCCUUGAGCUUGGUCAACCAGUCUUGGGUAAAUAUUGUGGUGCCGCCGUUGCCGGCGUAUCGCCACGUAUCAUGGGCACCGGUCCUGUGGUUGCCAUCCCAAAGUUACUGCAAAGAUUCCGGCUAUUGCAAGAGGAUGUCGAUAUAAUCGAGAUCAAUGAAGCUUUCGCAUCGAUGGCCGUAUACUGCCAGAGAGCACUUGGCCUGGAUCAUGAAAAACUGAACCCUCGUGGAGGUGCGAUCGCCAUCGGUCACCCACUCGGCGCUACGGGGGCAAGACAGAUAUGCACUAUUCUGAGCGAGGCUCGGAGAGUCAGGAAGCAGAUUCUCGUGACCUCGAUGUGUGUUGGGUCCGGGCAAGGUAUGGCUGGCUUGUUUGUAAACGAAAAGCUAUAG